CCAGACACACAGAGGGGGGAAAAGCAAAGUGAUCCAUUGUACAAGAGUCAUUCCCCUCUUGUAAUUACACACGGUCCUGUAUCUUUUAACUUCCUCACUUACUUCACCACUCUUUGAGACCUUGGGGACGCGGUAAUUAGUUAGGAGAGAGAAUAAAACCAGCUGAUCGGGAGAGGGGUGGUGCAUUCUGGAGCGAGAUGGCUAACAGAACUCUUCUCUUGCUCUUCUGUGGACUCUUCCUCUCGGCUCUGAUUCAGCCCUCUCUUCAAGGAGGUGUGUAUGUACCACCUGGAGCUGGGAUUGGACCAGGAGCUACUGGGCCAGGUACUGGAUACUUUCCAGGGUCUGCUGGACAAUUCCCCGCAGCCUAUAAACCAGCUAAAGCUGCAGGAGGCUAUGGAGCUGGAGGCCGAGGUGUGGGCCCCGGCGGUUUGGUGCCAGGAGGAGUAGGAACUGGUGCUCUUGGCUUUGGAGGAUUGCCAACAGGUCAGGGUGGAAAAGCCCCCAAACCAGGUUAUGGAAAUCUGGGAACUCUAGGUGGUUAUGGAGGGUUUGGAGGAGGCGCCGGGGGCUUUUUCCCUGGAGCUGGACAGAAAGCUGCUAAAAGAGUACCUGGAGCAGGAACUGGACCCGGAGGAGCUGGAACUGGACCUGGUGGAGCACCUGUUAUUCCUCAGACGGGCCUUCCAGGAGGGGCCGGUGGUGGUGCAGGAAAGAAAGCAUCCAAAGUGCCAGGUGUGGGCGUCCCUGGACUUUACCAAGGUGGUCUUGUGCCAGGUCAAGGGUUUGGAGGCCGUGGAGUUUUGCCUGGGGUCGCCACUGGAACAGACAUAAAUCCCAAAUCAAUUGCAGUACAACAAGGAAAUCAAGGCCCAGGAAACCAUGGGUUUGGUGGUCCGAUGCAGCCAGGAGUGUUCCAUGGUUACCCCCUCAAAUCGCCCAAGGUGCAAGGAGGCUAUGGUGCAAAACCUGGAGGUGGUAAACUUCCCUAUGGUUAUGGAGGUUUCGGUCAUGGUGGACUUGGACUUCCAGGAGGAGUGGGAGGCCCUGGCUCCAAACCUGGGUUUCCUGUAGGAACUGGUGUAGGGCCUGGAGGCAUCUCACCUGCUCAGGCUAAAGCUGCCAAAUACGGUUUAGGUGGUGUAGGAGGUGUUGGUGGCGUUGGUGGAGUUGGAGGCAUUGGUGGUAUAGGAGGUGUUGGAGGUGUAGGAGGCAUGGGAGGUGUUGGAGGCACUGGUGGACUGUAUCCAGGGCAGUUACCAGGAGGAUAUGGAGCUGGGUCCAAAGCUGCUAAAUACGGAGUCCCAGGAGGAGUACCAGGAGGAGUACCAGGUGGAGUACCAGGAAGAUUCCCAGAAGUUCUCCCAGGUGGUGCUCCGUUAGGAGUACCAGGAGCAGGUGCGCAGUUACCAGGUGGAUAUUCCCAGGCAGCCAAAGCUGCUAAAUAUGGGAUGGUAGGACCUGGAUCAGCAGGAGGUGGACUCGGAUUACCAGGAGGACAAGGAGGUGCAGGGGGGUACCCUGCUGCUGCCAAAGCUGCUAAGUAUGGUGUAGGUGGACUGGGAGGAGCAGGAGGAGGAACAGGAGGUCUUGGAGCUGGAGGAUACCCUGCAGCAGCAGCAGCAGCUAAGGCUGCUAAAUAUGGUGUGGCUCCAGGAGGUGGAGGAACCAUUCCAGGAACACCAUAUCUUCCUGGAUAUGGAUCUUUAGCAGCUGGUGCCCAACCUCCUCAAUAUGUCCCACAAACAGGCCUCGGAGGAGGAGGAGUCUUUCCAGGAGGAGCAGGACAGGUACUACCAGGUGGUUAUGGCGGUUAUGGAGGUGGUGCUGGAGUCAAACCUCCAAAAUAUGGAGUUCCAGGAGGAGCUGGAACAGGGCUGGGAUACGGCACACUGGGAGGAGGAGCAGGAGGAGUGCAUUUUGUUCCAGGAGGGGGGCAAUACUCUCCUGCUGCAAAAGCUGCUAAAUAUGGAGUUGCAGGAGGUGCAGGAACAGGAGUGGGACCAGGAGGAGCAGGAGGACUACCAGGAGGUGGACAAUACUCUGCAGCUGCAAAAGCUGCUAAAUAUGGAGUUGCAGGAGGUGCCGGAACAGGAGUGGCACCAGGAGGUGGACAAUACUCUGCAGCUGCAAAAGCUGCUAAAUAUGGUGUUGCAGGAGUCGGAACAGGAGGAGCUUAUGGAGCUGCAGGAGGCAUCAGUGGUGGACAGAUCAGUGAGACUCCAGGUACUGGUGUCACUGGUGUUAAUGGUUCUCUUGUACCUGGUGGCCUUCCUGUAAAACCAGAAAAAGAUGUGGGUCUGGCUGGAACUCCUCAGCCAGGGCCCACUAAUUCUGCACUUAGCAAGGGCCCCGAGCUCCCACAGCCCAGUGUUGCUGGUGGGAUUGUGCAACCUAGUUCUGGGACGAGUGUUGGUGGAGCUGGACUGCCUGCGCCCUCUAGUGGACAAGUUCCCACUGGUGUUGGUGUCAAACCACCUAAACCCCAGCAGUUUCUACCAGGUCCAGGUGGAUAUCCUGUCAAUGGUCAGUUUGCAGGACCUUAUGGUGUCGGGCCUGGGCCUGGAGUCUUAACGCAGCCUGGAGCCAAAUCUCUGAAGCCUCCAGUAGCAGGAGGUGGAGGAGUACUCCCACUGGCAACAGGAGGUUAUCAGGUUGGACCAGGUGGAGCUGGUGGUGGAGCUAAAGCCCCCAAACCAGGUUAUGGUAACCUUGGAGGUGGGGGAGUGUAUCAGCCAGGUGUGGUUCCUGGUUAUGGAGGAGGAUAUCCCCAACAGUUUUAUCCAGGUCCAUAUGCGGCUGCCCCACUCACUCCUCAGCAAGCCAAAGCAGCGAAGUACGGUCCUCUGCAGGGCUUCCUCGGAGCAGGGGGAGGAGGAGGAGUCUACAGAGGUGGCGUUGCAGGAUGCCAGGGUAAAUACUGUGGGAGGAGGAAGUAGAGGAUCUGUGCAGAUCCAGUGACCUCAACAAACCAUGGUGCUACUGCAUGAUCUAGAAUGUACAUUUAAUAUGCAAACAAAACCAGAUUAGAUAACCUGUAAAGAUGUUUGACUUUACUUGACUGUUUUUAUACAAACCCACCGACCCAGAGUUUUGUACACAUUCUGAUGUGACGUAUGUUAAUGAUCGUGCUUAAUCAGCUUUUGUUUCCAUCAGUCCAUUUAAAAUGUGUUUGUG